AUGGAACAGCAGACGCAGGAGCGGAGGGCUGGGGCGAAGCCGUCGCGGCAGCGGCUGUCUUGUUUGCAGGCUCGGGAGGCGGGGGGCCCCACAGCAGUGGUUGCUGCUGCUGCUGCAGCAGCAAAGGCAGCAACAGCAGCAGCAGCAGCAGCAGCCGUUGCGCGCGCUGCAGCAGCGGCAGCAGUAGCAACUGCCGCCUCAGCAGCGGCGGCGAACUCCGCCCGGCCAGCGGGGGAGGACGCAUCUUGCUGCCCUUCCCCGUCUGCUGCAGCAGCAGCUGCAGCAACAGCAGCAGCAGCAGCAGCAAGGCCCCGCAAUGGACCUGAGGGCCCCUGCAGGGCCUCUUUCAGUGACAGGCGCAAACUGCAGCGGCGCGCCCUGUGUGAAGCAGCAGAAGCAGCAAAGCUAGAGCGAGACAGGAAGAAAGAGGAAGCAGCAGCAGCAGCAGCAGCGGCAAAGGAGCUUCUGGGAGCAGUUUCCAGAGAACUCACCUGCCCCAUCUGCCUCGAGCUGCUGCGGCUGCCCGUCACUCUUUGCUGCGGCCACUCCUUCUGCAGAUAUUGCAUUUCGCACAACAAGUUGGUUGGGAGCUGCUGCCCGUUGUGUCGGCAGCAGCUAGGAAGGGCCUUUGCGGUGAACACGGUGCUGUGCAACUUGCUGGGGCUGCUGCAGCAGCAGCAGCAGCAGCAGCAGCAGCAGCAGGGCCGCCUCGUCGACGGCGCCUGGUGGGCGCAGCACUGCGUCAAAAACAGAGUUGCUGCUCCCCUCGCGCUGCGGCUGCUGCUGCCGCACGUGGCUGAGGAGAGUUUGCUGCUGCUGGACGACACUGUGGCCUGCGUCCUGGACUUGUUCGAGAAGCGCCAGCUCUGGUCCGACCAGCGCUGGUGCUUCACGCUGCGGGACGCCGAGACCUUCUGCCGCCUCAUCGACUACAGCCAAGCCGACAAAGAGGGCACGCGGGCGCGGCUGCACCGCUGGGUGGAAACUUAUGUUUCUUCUUUGCCUUCGCUCUGCGCCCGCUGGGGGCCCCUGGGGGCCCCCGAGGAGAACAGCCGUUUCGUAGUGCGGGUCAUUGGGGACCGCAUGCACCGCAUCGAAGGCAAGGUCUUCGACUCCCGCACCAUCCAGCAAGGGCUGCCGUGGGACCUGGGCCGCCACCAGCAGUCGCUGCUGCACGUGCCGCACUCUUCUGUGUCUCUGUCCCAUUUGCUGCUGCUGCGGGAGAAGACAAAAGGGGCUUUGCAAAUUGUCGACUUGGGCUCCACCAUCGGCACCAUGGCCAAAGUUUGUGGGGUGCAGCCGCUGCAGUCUGGGGACUUGAUCCACAUUGGAGACCGCGUGGAGGUCUCCGUGGAGAUUCACCCGGCCCCCCCGUGGCUGCGGCGAAGGGCCCAAGGCAGCAGCAGCAGCAGCAGCAGGAGCAGUAGCAGCAGCAGCAAGAACAGUAGCAGCAGCGGCAGUGAUGCGGCAAAAGUGGAGGAGUGCCCCUACUUGCUGUCGCACUGGAACGUGGCCCUCAACAAAGUCCUAAUUCAGCUAGCGCAGCUAGCGCAGCUGGCGCAGCUAGCUGGGAGGGAGUCGGGGAGGCCCCCGAGGCUGCAGCAGCGGGAGCGGCGUUUGUCGGACGCUGAAGGCAGCGAAGGCAGCGGGCUGGGCCAGGGGGCCCCGGGGCCCCCCGGGGGGCCUCCAGGGGGGCCCCCCGGAAGGGGGGCCCCCCGGGGGUCCCCCCUGCGGUGCGCGGAGGGUUAUUUUUACGCGGCGAGACACAACUGA